GCUGAGCAGCCCAGGUCCGUCCUGCCUGGGUCCGUGGAGGGAUCAUGGGUGAGGGCAGGGGCUGUGCCCGCGUGCGGGCCCGGGCGCGCGCCGUUGCCGCUGUCCGCCCGGCUUUGCCGCUGCCGCCGCCGCUGCUGCUGCUGCUGCUGCUCCCGCCGGGAUGCUCCGCAGAACCCAAGCGCUACGAACCCACCUGGAAGUCUGUGGACGCCCGCGAGCUGCCCGCAUGGUUCGACGAAGCUAAGUUCGGGAUCUUCAUUCACUGGGGCGUAUACGCCGUGCCCGGCUUCGGGAGCGAGUGGUUCUGGUGGUAUUGGAGAGGGUUAAAAUUACCAGCGUAUGUACACUUUAUGAAGGCUAACUAUCCUCCUGGAUUUACAUAUGAAGAAUUUGCACUGGAUUUUAAAGCAACAUUUUUUAAUGCCAGCACCUGGGCAGAUAUUUUGGAGGCCUCAGGUGCCAAGUAUGUUGUCUUAACUACCAAACAUCAUGAAGGUUUCAACCUCUGGAAAUCUAAUCAUUCAUGGAACUGGAAUGCUGUUGAUAGGGGGCCAAGAAGGGACAUUGUAAAAGAAAUGGAAGUAGCCAUUAGAAAUAAGAACAAGAUGCACUUUGGCCUGUACUACUCCCUUUUUGAAUGGUUCAACCCCCUUUUCCUUAAGGAUAAAGCUAAUUCUUUCAAGACAAGAUAUUACCCACCCUCCAAGUGCCUGCCUGAUCUCUAUGAAUUAGUGAACAAGUACAAGCCUGAGAUUCUCUGGGCAGAUGGUGAUGGAGAUGCACCAGAUACCUACUGGAACAGCACCGGCUUCUUAGCCUGGCUAUAUAAUGACAGCCCAGUUCGGGAUACAGUGGUAACCAAUGAUCGCUGGGGCCUUCAUACCAUCUGCAAGCAUGGUGGCUUCUUCACCUGCGCUGACCGUUACAACCCUGGGCACCUCUUGCCUCACAAGUGGGAAAACUGUUUGACAAUAGACAAGGCAUCUUGGGGUUAUAGGAGGAAUGCUGAACUCUCUGACUACCUCACAAUUGAAGAAAUAGUGGAGCAACUAAUGGAAACAGUUUCAUGUGGAGGAAACUUUUUGAUGAAUAUUAGUCCCACAAAAGAUGGUGUUAUUCCUCCAAUAUUUGAAGAACGUUUGAGGCAAGUAGGAACCUGGAUGCAAGUCAAUGGGGAAUCCAUUUAUGGAACCAAACCUUGGCGAGCACAGAAUGACACAAUUACACCAAGAGUCUGGUAUACAUCGAAACCGAAAGAGAAUCUGGUCUAUGCUAUGUUCCUUCAGUGGCCAUCAUCAAGGCUAGUGAUACUUGGCCAGCCCACAGUGACUGUUGGGGCAACAGAAGUAAAAUUACUGGGUUAUGAACAUCCACUUAAAUGGACUUCUUUGCCAAAUCAUGGAAUAGUGGUGGAACUUCCAGAGCUAACCCUUGAUGAAUUGCCAUGUAAAUGGGGCUGGUCUCUAGAAAUGAAAAAUGUAAACUGAAUGAUGCAAACUCAUUCUCAAGUUUGAGGUUUGCCCACAUUCUGCUCUUUGUGGAAGAGAAACCUUCUACAAAUCAACCUAAGACUGAAUCCCUUCACAUUCAGUACAAAAAACAAAAUGGAGAUCUAGGAGAAUAGUCAAAGUAAACCAAAGAGUAGAAGUAAUUAUCUGGUUGAUAAGGGUUUGUUUUGACCCCAAAUUGCCCGAUUAAUUGCUUCAGUUUUCUAAUGCACUUGGUCAUCAGAGACUUGCUCAUGUUAGAUUUUUGUGUGUGUAUGUGGGAGAAUUUUAAGGGUGGUAUUUGUUUCCUCAAAUUAUCUGGCAGUUGAUCUCUUAGAAAUGAUGUGAUUGUAGUCGUGUACAAGUAAUUUGUUUUGCUUUUCACUGUUUUUUCUUAGCUUUAAUUCUUUGGACAAAGACCAUCUACGGCUGAUUUAAGGCCCAAUUUCGUACCUAAGCAGUACUUCUUCUGUUAGAAACCAGGAAGGUUAUUUUUUCUGAUCCUGUGAUUAGAGAAAGUUUUGACAUAGGUUCGUUAUUAACUGAAGAAGAAAAUUAAGAACUUACUACUUUUUGUUGCUGACUGGACUAAAGUGAAUAGCUACAGAUAAAGCCUCCAAUUUGAUUAUUAGAUGUUUUCAAUUUGUCCAUAUCAAUCAAAUAAAUGGGUUACUGGCAACUUUA